AGAUUAAAAAAUGUCAGAGCCAAACAAUUUGAUGUCCGAAUUCCAAAAGCUCUGCGCUGAAACUUCGAGAAUACAGAAUGAGUUCAGAGAGAUACCCAGCUCUGCGGGGAAUGCACUGCUCAAGGACACUCAGGAGAUGUGCCAGAAGAUUUUGAAGAAACAAGACGAACUUCACGAUGAGAUGAAGCAUGUUCAGGAAAGCUUGAUGUCGGAGUUGAAUUCUGUGAAGAAUGAGCUGAAGCAUGCGAAAUCGAUUAAUGAUCUUAUUGCAAAGAAUGCUGAUAAAAAUCUGGAAACUUUGCUGAAAAUUCAAAAAACUCAAGAUCAAAUUAUGAUGAAGCUUCUGGAAGGAGACGCUAUGGAGAAGAUGGGAGGACUAGUUUUGAAAAAUAUCCCAGACGAGCCUGAAAAGCCUGAAAAGCCUGAAAAGCCUGAAAAUGAAAAUUUCUCGCUCAACAUCAGUCCAGCUGCGUGGAGAGUGGACUGUUUACACCACCGGCAAACUCUACCCGCUUCUGGUUCGCGAAUCGGAUACAAUUCGUAUUAUUAAACUGCGUUUCAACACUCUCGCAAGAAUGUUGUAUGUGGAUACCAGCUCGUUCAGAAUGCUCAUUGAUGAUAAAGUUCUCGAAGACGACCACACUCUCGCCUACUACAACAUCCAAGAAGGCUCAACACUCGGCCUUUUCUCCCGUUAAAUUCUAAUUUUUAUCGAUUUUCCCUUGAAAAAAUGUAAAAAAUGUAUUGUUCCCUUGUCAUUUUGCGAAUAAACAAUUAUUAACUAGAA